GGUAGAAGAAAAUGGUUCAAUCGUUAUUUUUAGUAACAACAAAUAAACAUAUACAAAAAAUUUAGAGCUUCAAUAGCAAAGCGUACAUAAUGAAAUAACAUGUAACAUAAUGAAAAAUCACAUGGGAGAUGGGGUCUGAGGGUUGUUAAUAAUGAUGGUGAGGUUGGUGAGUUGAGGUGCAAAUGGUGAGGUUGAGUUUCUAAUUUGUUGUGCUUUCUUAAUCUUCGCAGCUGGCAAUGAGCAGGAGGGCUGAGGAGAACAAGUUCCGUGUAUAUGAGUUCGGUGGUUCUGAAACUUUAGGUUCAGCUUUGCGAGUUCAACCUUGCUCAGAUGAAGCUCAAGACCUGUCAAAAUGUUCAAUCCAGUGGUAUCGUAUACCGACUGAAGGUAGCAGAAGGGAACUUAUUUCAGGUGCCAACAAAUCAAUCUAUUCUCCAGAGCACUUUGAUGUUGGGCGAUUUUUGGAAGUUGAUGUUGUCUCAGCUGGCCAAAAGGUUGUUGUGACAACUUCUGGUCCCAUAGGUCCAGCUGCGGGAUUGGCCAGUUAUGUGGAGACGCUUUUACGGAAACCCAACACUGAAUUUAAUCUAAAACUACCCUAUCAAAUUGUGGCUAUUGUUUCCGGUGCUUUGAAUGAUACAGCUGCAAAGAAGUAUGAUUUGGAAGGAUGGUUUCCUGCAUCCAGCACUUACAAAGAACUUGUUUCCUGUUCAAACUGCACUGACUAUCAGUCCAACAGAUUAGAGAUUCGAUAUGGGUAG